UAUAAAUUCUCUUUGGCAUUUAAAAGCGAUUUAGGUUAUUAAUUACGUUUUUUUUUUGUAUUACAAAAUGUUGAAUCAAUGCGCGGAUGAUGAUAUUAUUAUAGAAGAGAUUCCUGUUUUCCUGUCAAAGAAUCUCCAGGAGAAUUUAUAUCUCUUUCAGUAUCCAACAAAGACGCAAAUAAGCAACUUUGACAAUUCGGCUGUAGUAAACUGCUGUGUAAAACCAUUAAAUCAGGAAGUAAAGGUUGACUUCGCCUUGAACACUGAUUCCCAUUUUUAUGACCGCUUUAAAGGUGAAAAGUUCGCUUUAGCCUCUGAUGGUAAAUGUCAAAUAAAGGGCGACCGGCCAACCUUUAAGCGUGGUAUCAUGGACAAACAAGCGUUUACUAGCACACGUUCUCUGGAAGACGUUGAUAAGUACGUAAUUGGAAUCUUCUCAGAUAAGGAAUUACAUUUGACACCUGUGGCAAACAUAUUGCAAUUAAGACCCUCGUUAUCACAUUUUGAUAAGGAAGACAAGCGUUUAAAAGCCGAACAAAAGGCGCUCAAUGAUGAAGAUGAUGAGGAAGAAUUGCAACAAGUGACUGUCAAGUUUGCCAAAACUGGUGUAGGAAGCAAAAAAACAAAAGCUAAAGAAAAGCAAGGCUAUGCACACUUUAUGAAACGAAGCAAUGAAGAAUCAUGGUGCGAGACAUAUUGGCAUCCACGAAAAUCGCCCACGGCAGAGCUUGAAAGGCAAAAGUUAUUCGCAACAAACCAACAAAUAAACUUAGCUUUAGAAUUAGAUUCGCACAAGUAUGUGAAGAAACUUUUACCGGACGAUGGAAAAGAUCAAGGAAUUGAUGCUGUGCUUCCUCCUAAGGUUAUCAGCAAAGCUCGUUUAAAAUCAAUGCCUCUUAUAGAUCAGCUCAAAGUUGUAUUAAAAGAUGUACGAAUGAUGAGCUUCGAGGACCUAUGUUCCAUACUUCAAGAUUCCAGUGAUUAUACUGUGUCAAGUGAAAAGGUACUGCGAGCUUUACCUCAAGUCGGCGUAUUAAUCCAUGGUAAUUGGGUGCCGCAAUCGGAUAUAAUAUACCCCGCUGAUACACUGUCCAACUCAAAUGGUGUGUCUGCUGAACUGAUGAUACGCGCCCGAGAUUAUGUGCUUUUUAGAUUUUCUCGUGUGAAGUACCUAUACCGUCGUCAAGUAAUUUCAGCUACACAACUACCGCCUGACGAAGCUGCAGAGGUUCUUCAUUCCGUUGCUCGAUUGAAUUCUGAAAAGAAAUGGGAGUUGCUUCUCUCCCCUAAUAAAGAUUUUGAACAACGAUAUCCCGAACUCGUACAGCGACAGGAGAUGGUGUGGAGAGCAACCGAACAGACUUACAAUGAAAUGGAUUUUGAAAAAUCACCUAAGCGCUCCAGAAAACGUUCAAUUCGUGAACCCAAACCACAGACUUCACAAUCAUCUCAGGAACUUUAAUAAAUCUACAUUUGUACACAGUGGAAUAAUAUUGUCGUUUAAAGUGCAAUACAACCUUGUAACUGGCAUUUGUGUCAAAAAAGACAUUUGCUCACCGAAAGCUCUUGGCAUCAAGCCCUUCUCCAUUCAUACUCAUUCGAUACUUAGGCAUAAGAAGAAGAGAUAAGUAGGAAUAAAAGAGAUAACCUUUUUGAAAUAAGACAAGUUUUACUGUCCUAUAAAAUUUUGGCAAUCUCCCAUACGAGGUUUUGCAUUUUCGUGAUACGCGGUUUUUUUUACUUUAAAC